AUGUCUAAGAAUAUCAAUGACAGCCAGAUGGAAUGCGUUCUGGCAAUACUUCCAUCUUUGGACAAUGUAAACUGGUCCGUCCAACAGCUUGGACCGUCCUUCAACCAAAUCGAACAACCGUUUCAGCACUUUCAACAGUCUAUCCACCAGAUCCAACAGACUGUUGAAAAACUACACAAUCCUUUACAGGAGCUCCAACAGGGCUUUCAACAACUUGACGAAUCCAUUCAGAACCUUCAGCAGUGCUUCCAUCAGUUUCAACAACCCUUCCAGCAACUGGAACAAUACCUCCGAGAAUUUCAACAAGUCGUCACCCGGCAAAUAGAGCGACUGAAGGAGGAAAAGAGCUGCCGCGAUGAACAUAAAGAAGGAAAACACAAGAAAUCAGAUACAGAAGAUAUCGAGAUGAGCGAUAUUUAG